AUGGACAAAGUUUUCUAUUUCAAAUUUAAUCACGUAUUUGCGGGAUUUCUAAAAGCCUCUUGUUUUUCGGUUUUCGAGACCAUUUCCCGUACCAAUCUCUUCGUUAGUGGACGAUGGCCGAUCUACCCCAUCUUGAACUGGAAGACACAAAGUACGCUAGCUACGCUGGUUUCAUGCGCUGCACUUUUUAUUUUGACGCUGGCUUGCUUCAUCGUUUGCUGGCUCGCCAGUUUGGCAUCCUGGAACCGUACUGAUUCUGCAUACGAGUCGAGCAUUCGUCGCAUGAUUGUUUUUGAUGGAUCAUCUCGAUAUAUGACCACUAAGCUUACUUUUUGUUGCGACGAGAUUCAUCGAGAGUCUCAGCCGCAUGUGGACGGGCUUUUACGAUCGUCCAGUUCUGUGACGGUUACUGACAUUGAACCUAUUCACAAUACAAGUCUUCGAGCUUUGACGCUGUGGCAGCGUUGGCGAUGGGAAUGGGCAGAACCGUUUUAUUCAUUGAUGGAACCCAGCGGUGAAUAUUUGGAUAGCUCUGCCUGCUUUGCGCCAGAGCGACCCUUUCGAGCCACAUUUUGGGUUCGCUUGAUGUGGUUUACGGCGAGCCUCCACGUUCUCGCGGUCGACUUAUGGUCAUAUCCACCGCACAAUCUUCAUAUUUAUAUGGGGUAUUUGACGCAUUGGGGCCAUGCCUUAACAAAUGUGUAUUGGAUUUUUGCUAUUCUUUGCUUGACAAAAACAAAUUCCCAGGAACGCAUCUUAGAGUGCCCCGGACCCUUGAUUUGCUGGAUGUUGGGUCUCUAUUCUACGAUAGCACCCCUUGGGUUGGCCAUAACAUUUCUGUAUUGGAUUGGUGUAACAGGAAACGCAGCGGUUGGCAACCACAACGGUCCCAUUGGAUAUGUAGCUAUCAUGGAACACGGGGGAUUGGCCCUACUGGUUUUGAUCGAUGGCUUAUGGGUCAGUCAUAUUCCUGUCCGCGCUAAGCAUCUCGUUCUUUUGCUGGCAAUUUGUGCAUCCUACUUGGUUUGGAGUGUUUUGGACGCAGUAUAUGACCUUGGUAGUGGGGACUGGGGGCCAGCAUACGAUGACGACGCCUUUUAUCCUGUAUUGAACUGGAAGCACCAGACAACAUUGGCCGCCAUCGCAUCGUCCGUUGCCAUGGUAGUUGUCGCCCCGACAUUCUUUUACGGCUGCUGGAUGCUUGGAUUGGUGUCGACUAAAAACAGGUCGCACUCUGUAGCAGGAUUCUGUGGAUUUGCUUACGAUGGAUCCAGUCGAGUCAAACACGGCGCUGGAACCAAGGACGAUAAUGGGUUCGAGUACCGGUGUCACAAUGAUGCAGAACAUGUGUGA